AUGGAGAAGAAACGAGAAGAACAGACCAACCAGCCACACCACUUCCUCCACCAGGAACGGACCGAUCAACUACCCGCAAUCAUGUCACCGAGAUCUGUCAAGUCCCAAACCGAAGACGACAUGCAAGGGUACCUUGAGUAUCUCGAGAACCAAAACGUCAAGCUCAAUGUAGAGGCACUCAUGAGACAAUCGGAUCAAACGUCCUACCCAGAUGAAGAUGGCCCCGAUCGAACAGCCCCAUUCGAAGCAAUACCGCGCUCCGGAUCUGUUAGCUUCAAGCUUGUGCAACUACCUGAUAGAUUAUCUCCCUCAACACGCGGCGAGACUAUUCCUUCUUCCAUCCUCGCUUUGUUGAAUGAGAGGGAGGACUGGCUUCGUCGCUAUCUCAUAAUUUUGCCGAUCUUGAUGAAAGAUAACACCCCAGGACUCGCAGAUAUCUUGGACCCAGAUGUCCUCCAAUCCCUGGGAUGA